AUGGACGGUGAAGAUUUUGAUUACCUGUUGAAGAUAGUGGGCCUUAUGAUGAAAAAGCAAGACACAAUUAUGCAUGAGUCUAUUAGUCCAGAAGAACGUUUGGUAGCAAUACUGCGAUUUUUGGCAACGGGGAGAUCUUACAAAGAUCUGAAGUUGAGUAUGAGAAUAUCUGCUCCUAGUCUAUCACACAUUAUUCCGAAGACAUGUCUAACAAUUUACGAAAGUCUAAGAGCAGAAUAUAUGAAGUUAAAACAAAAUAUAUUUUAA